AUGGAUACCAAAUCCAGCGACAUAAUGGAAGCAGUGAAUAGUUCGAUAGUAGAUUCGUCUGAGUCAAAUAAAAGUAUGAGUGAUCUGAUAGGGAGGUAUUCGGAUGUUGGCUUUGAUCAGUUGAAGAAUUCUAAUGAACCCGAGUCUCUGGUUUGUCUUACUCCUAGUGUGCGUAAUUGUGGUAAUGCUAGCGCAUUGUGUUCCACAACUGUUAUGAGCAAUGACACCGUUGUUAGCAAAGAUUUCUCUGUAAUGGACAAACAGUUUUCUGCCAAAUCGAUUCCUGAACGUUCGGAUGAAAUUCUUAAACUCGAGCCCGUACACUGGGCAGCAAUUUCCAGUAAAGUGUUCAAAGUUAAGGAGUCUGCAGCGCUGGAAAGUUCGCAGAGUUCCACAUCUGCCGUCGCCUCAAACACUGGAAUGGGCAAAUUUAUCAAAGAUGAAAAAGAAUCAGCGCUAAUUAUGGAGCCUCCCUGUACUGAUUUCGACCUGUCGCCGAACAUUCAAACCUUGGACAACUGCUAUGAUGCCACGGACAGAAAACAGCAGUUUGGCUACAUGGAGGACUCAUCGGCUUUGCUGCCAAGUGCUGCUCCGCAGCAAUCAAUGGUGGACAGUUCGUCAAACUUUUUGCUUGAUUUGAAUCACACAUCGGCGCUGGUUUCAAUUCCACAGAUGAGAGCCGAUUCUCGGGGUCUGCCACCAGUACCCAGCAAGGGCACGCUGAAUUUCGAUGUUGUGAACGCUCAGUCAACUCAUUUACUUAUGUGUAAAAAUGAGGUGCCCAGGUGGGCGAUUUCGACUUCUUCCUCAGAUUCUCAGAUUUGGUGCCAUGCCACCGGAGUUACCGAGGACCAGCAUCCCCAGAGCGGCUAUCCGCCUCCGGAUAGCAUUCAUAACCACGGCUUCAUUCAGCGAUCGCCGACAAGAUACAGCUCAUUCGCCGGCGUGCCACCCCAAAGACUGUGUGUAAUAUGUGGGGACGAGGCGUCAGGUUGUCACUAUGGAGUCCUUACGUGUGGAAGCUGUAAGGUUUUCUUCAAGAGAGCCGUAGAAGGCCAUCAUAACUAUCUGUGUGCUGGACGUAAUGACUGCAUUGUGGAUAAGAUUAGGAGGAAAAACUGCCCAGCAUGUCGCCUCAGAAAGUGCUACCAAGCUGGGAUGAUGCUUGGAGGUCGUAAGCUGAAGCGUUUUGGGGCACUGAAGGCUAUGGGUCUGGCACCGUCCCUGAUGUUCCAGUCUCCGUUGGCCCUGAGCUCUGAUGGCCAGACCCUAACCUCCUUACCCUGUGUGACAAGCCUGCGGGAGCUCCAGCCCUCACCCCAGAUCAUCAACAUCCUGGAGAGCAUCGAACCUGAGGUAGUCUACUCAGGCUACGACAACUCCCAGCCUGACCUGCCCCACCUGUUACUCAACAGCCUCAACCGACUGUGUGAGAGGCAACUGCUCUGGAUCGUCCGCUGGUCUAAGUCUCUGCCAGGUUUCCGUAACCUGCACAUCAGUGACCAGAUGACACUGAUUCAGUACUCGUGGAUGAACCUGAUGGUGUUCUCUCUUGGCUGGAGGACGUUUCAGAAUGUCACCACUGAUUACCUAUACUUUGCUCCUGAUCUCGUUCUCAGCCAGGAGCGUAUGAGGAGGUCUCCCAUCUAUGACCUGUGCCUGGCCAUGCAGUUGAUCCCGCAGGAGUUUGCCAACCUACAGGUGACCAAAGAGGAGUUUUUGUGCAUGAAGGCUAUCAUGCUACUGAACACGGUGCCAUUGGAGGGAUUGAAAAGCCAGAGUCAGUUUGACGAGAUGAGGCAAAACUACAUUCGUGAGCUGACCAAGGCCAUCCAGCUGAAGGAAAAGGGCAUGGUGGCUAGUUCACAACGCUUCUACCACCUCACCAAACUGAUGGACUCUAUGCACGAGAUUGUGAAGAAGGUCAACCUGUAUUGUCUCAGUACUUACAUCCAGGCAGAUGCUAUGAAGGUCGAAUUCCCAGAAAUGAUGUCCGAGGUCAUCGCAUCACAGCUCCCAAAGGUGUUAGCUGGCAUGGUGAAGCCCCUCCUCUUCCACAGCAAGUGA